AUGGCCCCUCACAAGAAGCCUGCACGAAAGCGGAACUUCAGCGCAAUGAACAAGGACGGUGAGCCUGAGCUUGGUCGCCCCGCCAAGCGAGUUCUCCGUUCCAAUGCUGCUCUUCGCAAUGCAGCCACGCCCAACCCUUAUCGUGCAACGGUGGCUGACGAGCCCGAAGUCGACGUCUCCAUGCAUACAGCUGCUGCUGAAGAGGCCGAUGUCGACAUCUCUAUGCGGGAUGCCUCCCAAGCCAUUGAACAGUCCAACAUGGACAUCUCAAUGCGAGAUGCCUCUAACAUCGCUGAACAGUCCAAUAUGGAUGUUUCUAUGCGAGACGCCUCGCCACGCCGCCCCGUCAGUGGUGAUGUGUCGAUGUCUGUCGAAUCCUCUGAGGGACAAGUCAGUCAGCCAUAUUCCGGACCGAGUGCCGCGUCUUUUUUCGAUGUCCCCGACGAUUACGAAUUCAGCUUCAGCGCAAAUGCAUCACUUCCUGAUCAGCACCUGUCUCCUCUUGGCACCGCCUCCUCGUUUAACCCAGACAGCUCGGUCCACGGCUCCCCGUUGAGGCCCGCGGCCAACACGGGCCCAAUUCCUGCAGAGCAGGAUGCUCAACCUGCACUGUCCGAGCCAAACUCCGUGCUGACUCGAUCCAACGAAUCCCAGCAAACUUUGCGUAAUGUUGUGCGCGAAGAGAUUCUCCACACCCUUGGUACCCAGUUGACCGCUAUUUCAACUUCGCUCGAAAACAUCCAGACCACUCAGAGGGAGCAACAAACCGCUCUGGAAGGCUUACGAACGGAGUCGCGCAACUUCCACUCAGAGCUGAGAGAGGAGUGCAAGGGCCUGGCCAACGAGCGCCAGGCACAAUCCCAGGAGCGCGUGGAUCAGGAUAAUGUCAGAACACUGCUCACCACUAUGCGUAAAGAGAUGCAUCAGGAACAUAAAAAGGCAAACAUGGAGCGUACGAAGGCUGGGACUGCCCGUGCCCAUCUGUCCUCCUGGCUCAUAAACGAGGGACCGACGAAGCCCACGUCUGACCAGUCUGUCCAGGUGGGUGACGCAUCCGCGCUGUCGUUCACGUCGGGCCAAGGCGCGGAGGCCUUGCAGCCCCGGCAACGACUGCAACCCUCAGCAGCUCGGCCUGCAAACUCUCCCGACGACCGACAGGUGACCUCACAUGGUAACUCACAGGGUGCGCAACCGCACGGCCAGCCUGGCGGAUGGUCAGCAAACCCAGAAGAGCGAGAGGACACUGAGUCGCUCUUUGGAAAGGCCAUGGAUUUCUGCCGCAUGAUGUGA